CCGCUGCCCGGCCCCCCGCCCCCGGCCCCCGGCCCCCGGCCCGGCCAUGGCGGUCAGCAACUUCCUCCUGGCGCAGUGCGCCUGCUACUGCCUGGCCUUCCUGCUCAGCUGCGCGGUGGUGGUGCCGCUGUCCGAGAACGGCCACGACUUCCGCGGCCGCUGCCUGCUCUUCGCCGAGGGCAUGUGGCUGAGCGCCAACCUGACGGUGCCCGAGCGCCAGCGCUUCGCGGUGCAGGAGUGGGGCCCGCCGGCCGCCUGCCGCUUCAGCCUGCUCGCCGGCCUGCUCUCGCUGCUGCUCGCCGCCGCGCACGCCUGGCGCGCGCUCUUCCUCCUGUGCAAGGGACACGAGGACUCCUUCUUCUCCGCCUUCCUGAACCUGCUGGCGAGCGCCUUCGUGGUCUUCCUGGUGUUCAUCGCCAGCUCGCUCGUGAGCGUGGGCUUCUCCAUGUGGUGCGACGCUGUCACCGAGACGAGCACCGGGCCGCACAGCUGCGAGGAGCUGCAGGACACUGACCUGGAGCUGGGCGUGGACAACUCGGCCUUCUACGAUCAGUUUGCUAUUGCCCAGUUUGGCCUCUGGGCCUCGUGGCUGGCCUGGCUCGCCCUCACCAGCCUGGCCUUCCUCAAGGUCUACCACAACUCCCGCCAGGAGGACCUGCUGGCCAGCCUCGUCCACGAGAAGGAGCUGCUGCUGGCCAGGCCCUCGCCCCGCGCCUCCCUCCAGGAGGAGAAGAACGCCGUCAUCUAGGGGGCCAUGGGGGGGGGCAGCCAAGGCCGGCGGGAGCCCGGACCCCAGACCCCCCACCGCCGGGGCACUUGGCCUCCCGUAGCUGCCGAGCUGCUCUGCAUGUCCCCCCAGCGCUCCCUGUUGUACCGGGCAGCCCCUCUCAUCCGAGCGCCCCUCCCACCCGUGGGCAGGACGGCCGGGCGAGCCUGGGGGGCAGCCAGCCUCAGUGGUCCUCGCCCCGGCUGGCAGGGGCUGCCCUGUGUCUGGGCCUCGUCUGACGCCGCCUCUGAGUCAGCGGCUCGGCUGUGAAGCAGCUUUGCUGCCGGUCAGUACGCGCAUGAUGCUGUGACCGCAGCCGGAGCCCCCGCCACCCCACUGCCCGCAGCGGCCAGGGCUCCCUGUGGUCCCUGCUCCUGACAGGUGUGUGGGACACAAUCCCUGUGGGAACCUGCUGUCUGGGAGCAGAGGGGCCCUGCAGGUGGGACGACCCCGCUCUGUGUUCCUAGCCUGACCUCUGAGCCCCAGCCUUCAGGGUCAUCCCGAGCCCCCUUAGGCCCUGCUCCAGGCACCAGGAGAGCCCUUUCCAGGGCACCAGACAGAAGUGCAGGUUCGUGGCUCCACCCUGGAGCUGGGGUGGCCCUGGUUCCCCGUUCCCUGCCAUGGGGACUCGCUGUGAGGACUCAGGCCAGGCAAGGGUGGGGAGACCUGCUGGGGGGCACACACGGGGGAUGGGGCCAGGCCACUGUGAGCAUGUGUGUGCACGGGAAUGUAUGUGAGUGCAUGUGAGCGUGUGCAUGGAAAUGACUGUGUGCGAGUGUGUUCUAGUUUGCUAAUGCUGCCGGGACGCGAAAUACCAGACGGAUUGGCUUUUAUAAAGGGGGUUUAUUCGGUUACACAGUUACAGUCUUAAGGCCAUAAAGUGUCCAAGGUGACACAUCAG